AAGUCAACGCGACGUCCUCCUUCAGCUCGCUUGGUAAACAUGCCUGCAAGUGUGAAAGACAGACGUCAUUUAACAAACAGGCUCAGUUCUGGAACAGCUGAAUGCAGCUGGUUGUGAUCAUCGGAAUCCGGAUGUGAUGAAAAUGUUUCAGCUCAAAGUUUCUCCAGGAGCAGCUGCAGCGGCUCGAGCGCGCGCGCGCGGGAGUCUCGAGCACAAACUCGUUACUCAGCGUCUGCUUGACAGGGAUUUUUGCACUAUUUUGGGGAGCAAUCCGAUAGUUUUUACAGAGUUUUGAUCCUAAACGGGCUAUUAAGGAAACUUUUUAACGGGACAUCGUUUUGCCUUAAGAAAAGAUGGGAAUAAAGGCGUUUGGGAGUUAACAUGUUUGAAAGGUUUUAAGGCUGAUUGCUUUGGAGGAUUGUUGUUUUGGGUGUGUUUAGUAUCUAAAUAUCCGGCUCAUGUCCUCGGAGACUAUUUUACCUCCGGAGGGGCCUGAAGGGCCAAAGAAGCAGCUACAAGAGGAGACGAACCCACUUCUGUCCAAAUCAACAGAUAAAUGCAACACCUGCACUGAUGAAUCCUCAGAUGCUACAGAAACAUCCCAAACUCCGAUGCCAGGAGAUGCCUCUUCAGACGGGCAAGAUCACAUGACCGAGAACCACACCCAUGAUGAUCUUGUUAGAACUCAACCUCAGCCUCUGCCCCGGCUAGCGACAUCCCAGCAGCAUGGCAUCGACGGAGAGGCUGGCAGGCAGCAGAACGGCCUGCACACGGUGCUAAGUAACGGCCACGGCACACCCUGCGGAGUCACGCAGACACCCUCCACCAACCCCACCUCCGAGUCCAGGAAGCACCGGUCGCCCGUCUCACACCGCAUGCAGAGAAAGCUUCGCUCUAGCCUGUCGGUCAACAGCGACAACAGCAGAAGGAGCAAAAGCAGCUCGACUGGUUCCAAUAAACCCGGCUCAACUCCAGAGGACUGCUGUGUCCACUGCAUCCUGGCCUGCCUGUUUUGUGAAUUUCUCACUCUGUGCAAUAUGGUGGUGGCUCAGGCAUCGUGUGGCACCUGCACGUCAGAAGCCUGUUGCUGCUGCUGCUGCGCAGACGACCUGGGAGAUGACUGCAACUGCCCCUGUGACAUGGACUGUGGCAUUAUGGAUGCGUGCUGUGAGUCCUCGGACUGCCUGGAGAUCUGCAUGGAGUGCUGCGGAAUCUGUUUUCCAACAUAAACGCCCUGAUGCAUGCAGGCCACAGCCAGGACAGAUGUUGAGAGAGAGAGCGAGACUGUGUGUCUUUGUAUGUGUGAAUGAGAGCUAUGGCGUGUUCUUUUCACACUUGUGAAAAAUCUGUUCCUGAGCUCAGGAUGACCAAAAAGGUCAUAAGAAAGGACUAAAAUACAUUACUAACUUCACAUAUCCUCAUAAACGAAAAGUGCAUAGACCUAGAUAUUCAGCGCUUUAUAUUCAAUACUUUCAUGUAUCAGAGCUUGUUCUAUUUACUGUUUUUACAUCUCUUUGCAGAGGUUUUUAUCAUUUGUUUUUAAAGACACUUCACACUUUAUAAUUGUAAAAACUUGCAGAUGUUGAAAUUAAAAGAGUAGACGUCACAACUUGAGGUCGCUCUGCACAUCACUGUAAUUUGAGUGGAAACGCAGCGCUUUCACAGUCAGAGGUCAAGCCUUUGUGGGUGUUAAGUGGGAUUCUUAUUUUGAACUGUUUCUGAAAAACAGAGGGUUGUUUAAGCGAUAGCCAAUUUUGUAAGUCUUUAUUUAAACUGUCUACUGUAGCUCAUUUAAUUAAAGUAGCAUUAGGGGUUAACUUUCUGCCGCUUUAAAGAAACACACAUGAACUGGAUACAGAGAAUAGUGUAGAAUGCAGAUGCCAAAAUCCACUUUAUGCAAGCUUUUUUGGUAACUCUACUUGACUUUUUGUUUAUUUUAUUAAGCCUCUGCUAAAGACACACUAUAAAUGUACCUUUUUGCUUUAGUAUUUAGGUGAAUACUGAAUACACUAUUGCAAAGUGUUAUUUUUCUUUGACUGUUAAAUCAUGCAUGUAGUUCAGAUUGCAUUGCCUGAGGCCUUCUUGUGAAUUGUACAAAGCUGACAUUUGUCAGCAUUAUGUAAGCUAAUGUUAGCAUCAUAACCUUAACACAGUUGAUUUUUUGUUCAUCGUGCGUAAUGCCUUCGGUACGCUGUGCGUUUUUUUUUUUCUGUUUCAUCUCGUCAAAACUGCUUACGACAUACUUGCCAAACUGUACUUCAGAACACAGUGUGACUGAACUGACCUGAAACAUUCAUCUGAACCCGGUUCAAAACAAACAACUUUACCUCUACAGACUUUACCUCUCCAGAAUCAGACUAGUUCUUGUGUGUCUUUUGACGAGACCCACUUUUAAACCUAACUGACAAAGACUGGCUCGUUUACACUGAGAAUAUGCAAAAGUAUAGAUGACUAUAAAGUUUGUUGUUACUGUAAAGGCUUUUCAAAGUAUUGAAAUGUAUUUUAAUAGUAAGCAAACUAAAACUUUUUUUUUUUUUUUUUUAUUAAUUUUAAUGAAUUUCUUAUUUUCUUAUAUAUACAAGAGCCUGAAAAAUGCACAAAAAUAUAUUAAUACAAAAUAUAUACAUUGAUGUGAAUAAAUUGAUGUAAAAUCACACUUCUAAGAGCAAAACAACUAUUUAAUUAAAAUAGGCAGUUAUUUAAAUGUAAUUGCAACAAACAUGUGUCUUAUAAUGCUCGUCUGUAGCCAAUUGUAAUUUAAGAUGACCAGACAAAAAUGUAAUGGUCUAUUAAAAAACAACAACCAUGCUUUCCACAUUUAAAUAUGCAGGUGAUUAUGAAAUUUUAUUUAAUUUUUUAAUAGAAUGUGAAUAUAUAUCUGUAUUCAGCCCAUUUCAAUGUUUCUGUCUUUCCUCUUUGACCUCGAUUCACUUUUUAAAUGUUUUCAGUAUGUACCAAGCGUUGUUUUGUAAAUGGACCGUCAACAUUACAAUUUUCUAAAAAUAAAAUGUUAAACUGGA